UUACUAAGAAAUGUAUGGUCAAACAAAUAAAAAAAAAAACAGCAUUAUAAAAAUACAAAAGUUAAAGUACAAAACCAUUCAUAAAUACAAUAACCAUUACAUAAAAUACAAUAUUCUUUGUAUAAACACAAUAACAAGUGCAUAAUUACACUUUCCAAUACAUAAUUACAACAGCCAGCACAUCAAUACAUAAUCCCAUACAUAAUAAUUAAUACACAUAAACAAACUGACCAACUGUGAUGACCUCAUGUCAUUACAAAGUAAAAAAGGAAAAUAUUAAUAAAUUUUAAUGAAUAUUACUUACCUGGAAAAAAUACAAAAUUAAGAAAUAUACAAAACAGCUUAACAUCAGGUUGUCACAGCCAGUCAGCACCGAAUUAACCCCCAAGAGAGUUAAAACCAAUGCACUUUUAAUACUAAAUGACACAGAUGCCCUCUGAAAUACAAUUCAAGUACAGGCUUUAUAAAAAAGAUAAAUAAAAUAAAAUAUAUUGAACAUGUUAGAAAAGGAAUAAACUUGAAAAUUGUACUGAGAGAAUCUAUUCUUACCGAAAUAUUGUUUUCGCUUCUAUGCAAAGUUAUAACAAUCACAAACAAUAAAAGAAGAAUUCUCAGCUGUAGAUUCAUUACAAAAGGAACAUAUAUGAUCCUCAAACCUUUUAAGAUACAAAACUGAAUCACUUCUGAGUGGUAAAAACAUUUUAAUAAAGUUGAAAGAAAAAUUUGAAUUUAAAUUCUCUUUGGUUUUAAAUCCUAAUUCUGCUGGAUGAUAUCAGAAAACAUUGUCAUUCAGGCUGAUUCUAUUUUUGAAUUCCCAGUAUGGUGUAUCCGAGAUGUGCAACAUAAAAUCCAAUAAACAAAAAUUCCUGUUAUUCCAUAGAAUAUAAGAACCAUACUGAAUCUAUUUUUAUGAAUCAUACUGGUUGAGAAAUUUUCUUAUUUCAUCUCCCCAGCAAGUCUGAUUAUUCAGAAGAAAUAUCUUAAAAGUUUGGAUCAAAGACAAGUUAGAUUUGGAUUUUUCUGAACAUAUCAGUACUUUUUUGAUGAUAAUAAAAUAUAUUACCCUAUCAAAUUCUAACACUAAGAAAUAAUGUGGAACCCAAUGUCCUAAACCAUAAGCAUGUCUAAUAAAAUUCCAUUGAAUAGAUUCAAACCUAGUACUCCAAUCAUAGAACCAUACCUCAGCACCAUACAAAACCACUAUAAUAAACUUCAUUUAUAUGAAUCCCAGUUAUCUCUCCAUUUAGCCAAUCUACCUUUCACACAGGUCUGAAUAAUCUUAAAAGACAGUGCUUCCACCUUCUUCUUAAUUAAGUCAAGAUGUUUCACAAAUCUUUCAAAUCAGUAGAUUUAAAACAGAAGUUUGAAUCAGGCAACAAUCAGAGUUAAACUUGUCAAAAUUUUUCAAAACAAACAUAAAUGCUUAUCUUAGUUAUUUAUUUUUGUGAAGUCUCAACUAUUUAUUUUUAUUCAGAGAUUUUGAAUUCUUUGUAAAGAAUUGAAAAGAUUUUGUAAAUAUGUAAUGUUUUAAGAAAAUUAAAAAUAUAUUUUUUUUCUGUGUGUGUGUAAAUAUACAGGACAUAAAAAGACAGAUUAUUGUAAUUCCCUAACAAAGCAAUACUAGUAAAUAAAUAUGACCCUAUUUUGCUAAUAUAUGAUUGCAGCAUAUAAUUGAAUAUUCAUAUUUUUUUACAGGAGUAUCUUGAAAUCUCCACAAUGGAAUCCUAAUGAACAAAAAAAUGUGCAGAUCUGCAUUUUAUCUGAAUUUCAUGAACCAUAUGCUGUGGUGGUUUUAUUAUUCAAUGAUUUGGUUGUUGUUGAUCUUACAAGCUCUGGUUAUCCUUGCUUCCAAAAUCCUUAUCCAAUGGAUCUCCAUGAAUCACCAGUGACUUAUUGUACUUAUCUUGCUGACUGCCCUACAGACCUCAUACCAGCUUUCUAUUCAGUAGGCUGCAAAGGGAACAAAACUACAGGUCUUUCUGAUAAGGAGUGGCCUAUAAAUGGUGGUGAAUGGGGAACAUCGACAUUAAGUUAUCCUGAAAUUAUCAUCACUGGUCAUGCAGAUGGAUCAUUAAAAUUUUGGGAUGCAUCAUCAGUUUCUUUACAAAUUUUAUAUAAACUUAAAAGCAUCAAAAUAUUUGAACAACCUAAAACUAGGAGUUUUGAAAAUUAUGAAGAUGAUCCUUUAGCAAUAGAAAAAGUUUCAUUUUGUGCAGAAAGUAGAACAUUGGCAGUAGCAGGAGCCAGUGCCCAUGUAAUUUUAUUUAAGUUUAAUAAGACAGAAUCAGUUACUGAAAUUCCUAUUAUAGAAAUACCAAUAUUGUAUGAAAUAGAGGAUAAUCCUGAAUGUUUCACAGAAUUUGAAUUUCCACCCCGACCAACACUAAAUGUAGCUUCUCAACAUGGGUCAUUCUCUAGCACUUCAGAAAGUCCUAAAAAGAAAAAUGAAUAUCACACUACUCUGAAGGUAAAAUCAGGACCAGUAAAGAAGAUUCCUGGUUUUCAAGCUGAAUUAGUUUGUUUAACUCCAUGGAUUGAUGGGCAACCACCAGGACACAUAACUGCACUUAGUGUGAAUUCCUGUUUUGGCCUGAUGGCAUAUGGAAAUGAAUGUGGAUUAGCUAUUGUAGAUAUUGUACAGAAAAUAUGUUUAAUGAAUUUGGGAACUCCUGAUCUUUAUGGUUCUGCUGAUCCAUAUCAAAGAAUACCUCGCUCUCCAAAGAAAGCAACGACAACACUUAGUGAAAAUAAUUCUAGUGAACAAGAUUCUUAUUCUCCAACUUGUGAUCAGAAUGAAAGUGUUGACGUUACAAAUACUAAAUCAGGAAAACCUACAAGAAAAUCUUUAGUUCCUGAUGUAAGACGAACAAAAUCUCAAGCAGGUUGUGGCUUUUGUAAAUGGCUAUCCGUGUUACGAUGUCCAGCAUUUAUUUCAGAAAAGAUUGAUAAUUCUCUGUCUCGUUCUCGGAGCUCCAGUAUAUCUAGUUUAGAAAAUAUCAGUUCUGAGGCGAUUCAAGUACUUAUUUUUACAGAAUCAUUUUGCAGGAAAGGAGAUCUAGUAUCAAGUGCCAGUUUAUGGAUUGGAACAAGUUUAGGUUCUAUAUUAGCAAUUAUACUUACCAUUCCACCUGGCAUAGAAGCACGACAAACUCAACCUGUCAUUGUUUCUCCUAGUGGUCAGUAAAAGUAUUUCUAUAUU